AGGCAGAGCAUCCUCUGUGCUCGGCUCCAAGAUACCAUAAACUAGUGAACCGCACCGGGUGGUAGGGCGCGGCAGCGGCGGCGAGCGAAUAAAAGCAGCAGCAGAGGCCAGAGGCGAGAGGCACUCCGGCACUCCCUCCCUCCAGCGCUAGCGCGAGACGUCGUCCGACCCCAGCGAGCAAGCAAAGCCCAGCAGCCAGGCAUUUCCCCUUGCCGCCGCAGUAGCUAGAACCGCAAGAAGGCGUGCAAGGUCUCGGUCGGGCCACCCAAACCCAACCCAAGCAGCCAAGCUUAGCAAACCUCCCUGGCCAAGGCUCCCGGUGAACCAGCCGAGAGGGUAGCCGGCAUCUUGGCGUGUGGGCGGCUUGUGUAUAAGUCGCUGCCUCCGGUGAGCUGAGCUAGCCGGCCAUGUCGGUCUCCUCCGCGCUGUCGUCGUUCCUUCUGUGCUGCUUCUACCCGUCCGGCGGGCACCGCGCCGGCGCCUACUACUACAGCAGCCACCCGACGAGCGCCAACACCCUGUACGGUGGUGGUUACCAGGAGGGCCCCUUGCCCGGGCGCCGGAGCAGGAUGGGCCGGAGCAGGCCGCUGUCGCUGCAGACGGUGGAGCUGAAGGUCCGGAUGUGCUGCUCCGGCUGCGAGCGCGUGGUGAAGCACGCCCUGACGCGGCUGCGCGGCGUGGACUCGGUGGAGGUGGAGGUGGAGAUGGAGAAGGUGACGGUGACGGGGUACGUGGACCGGCACCGGGUGCUCAAGGAGGUCCGCCGCGCGGGGAAGAAGGCCGAGUUCUGGCCCAACCCGGACCUGCCGCUCCACUUCACCUCCGCCAAGAACUACUUCCACGACGACGACUCCUACCGCCGCACCUACAACUACUACCGCCACGGCUACAACGGCGACAAGCACGGCCACCUCCCGGAGCCCCACCGCGGCGCCGACCCCGUCAGCAACAUGUUCAACGACGACGACGUCAACGCAUGCUCCGUCAUGUAGCGCGCAGCAGCAGCAGCAGCAGUAAUAAUCAUCAGAAGCAAACGAGAGAUCCAUGGCGAUCGACGAUCAAGAUGCAUGCAUGUUCCGAUGAUCCACGCCAAAUUGGCAAUGGCCAAAUGGCGUAGAAUUGAUGUGCGUGGAGACCACCACGACUCGAUCACCGUGACGAGUUGCUGGGAGACCGGCCAGUGUGUGAUCAUUGUGUGUCUUCUUGCUCUAGUGUUGUUGGGCGCCUCUCUAGUAUGUACUAGCAAGAAGGUCAAGUCGCAAGCAGUGUUUGUAUGUGUGUUCAUCAGCUUGCGCGUGCGGUAACAAAUGGAUGAUGUUGAUGAUGGAGACGGACGCAAGUUGCAAUAUGGAAUGAGUAGCGGUUCCCCUUUCCGGGUUA